AUGGCAAUCCUGCCGGCAGACAUGAUGGAGUCUCAGCUGUCAAUGAUUGAUCUCCUGAUAGCCAUGUUCCCCUCAGCUUCCGAACUUGAAAUCCCAGAAUCUACCAGAGAGGGAAUCGACACCCUCCGUGACUGGUGCCAGGAUCCAACUGAAACCCCAACUGGAAUCCCAUCAAGCUUAUCACUGGCAGUCUGUUUAGCAGUCACUACAGAGAAAACCAUACAAGUCAACAUCAAGAUUUCCCUGCAAUUGGAGAAUCCCGAAAGUAAAGAACCACUCCCAAUAACAUACUCACUGCGACAACCAGAGUGGAUGUCCAAAGCCGAGGUUGCGAAUAUGGCCGCUGCGAUGCCUCCAGACGACGUGUUCGCGGCAUUUGAAUAUAUUAGAGACGAAGCCAUGCACUUCCUCGAAACACGGCAAACUUUAACUGAAACAGCCACUCGUAGUUCUGAGCCUCUCGUCCGAGUCUGGUUCUAUUUUCCCUCCCUCUCGACGCGUGGGAAACGGGAUGAUCUGGUUAAUUAUGCCUCGGACUAUUCUCUCACAGGCUUUGUGCUGGCGGGAAAACCGGGAGUCCUAUGCCUUGAGGGGAUAUCGACGGAUAUCGAUGCAUAUAUGAGUUUCAUCAAGACAAACUCGUGGGGCGAUAUCCCCAGCCAUCAGAAAAAAGUCAGUGAGCGGUUCCGGGAGACAGCGGAUAUUCAGCGAGUAUUUCCCGGGAUGGAGGAGAUUACAGAUUCUCUGGGUGAACGCAGUGGCCAGAGGGCCAAUCGAGGGGACAUGCAGGCAUUGGAAGUGUGGCUAAAGGCUCGAGGUUUGCAUGAAGCAUUUGAGAACGUGAUAUUCUGA